AUGACGGAUACGAAAACUAAGGGUAGCAUUUCGUUGAAAGGUUCAGCGCAAUUAGUACAGGAAUUUUUCCAUUACGGAAUCAAUAGCAUACUAUAUCAGCGAGGUUUAUAUCCUGGUGAUACGUUUAAAAGAGAGAAGAAGUAUGGACUUACACUACUGGUCACCAAUGACUCGAAAUUACAACAGUUUCUGGAGCCUCUUCUGAAGCAAAUAGAAUGUUAG